AUGCUAGCAAAUUUCAAAACAUUUGAAUCUUUUCAACUUAUGCAAAAUAUAGAUUUUCCGAAUAUUCUCUUGAUAUCAAAAUCGCUUCAAGAAUCAUAUGAACUAUCGACAACAAAAUAUGUAGGCAUUUAUAACCAAACUGAAAGAAUCCAUUUGAAUACAUGGUUCGGAAAUGAAACUUUCCUACUAGAUAAUGAUUUAUUUCCAGAUAAAAUAACCAACAUGCAAGGAAGAAGUUUAAGAACAGUUGCUUUCAAUUAUAAACCAUAUGCAAUUUGGAGAAGAGUAGAGUCCGGCGGUAAUGCAGCCUACUGGGAUGAAGGACCAGAAAGUUUUGGCACAGUGCAUAUUGAUGGUACCGAAUUAAGGGCUUGCUUGGAAUACUGCGAAAUAUAUAAUUGUACCGUCAGUUUAAUCGCAGUGGAUGAAGAAGAAUGGGGCGAGAUAUACGACAAUGGCACAGGCACAGGAAUUUUAGGAACUUUGGCCGAAGGCAGGGCAGACAUUGGUGUAUCUGCUCUUUAUACCUGGUAUCAUGAAUAUGGAUUUUUAGACUUAUCAUUGCCUAUGGUUCGUACUGGUAUUACAGUUAUAGCUCCAGCUCCGAGGUUACAACCAGGCUGGUUAACUCCAGUGAGACCGUUUUCCCUAAAGAUGUGGCUGGGUGUUCUUAUAUCACUUACUAUAUCAAUUCUCAUGUCAUACAUUGUGGAUAAAAUAAAUCGUGUUCCAAAUGCUAAUAUUGAGAACGAAACAUUUGUUGUGAUUAGAUAUUUAUUGCUUCAACCCCCACAUGAUGCAAACAGCGUAAGAUACAACAGUUAUAUCAGAUACAUAACAGCAGCAGUGUUGUUGUUGUGUCUCAUGUUGUCAAAUGCUUAUGGAGGAAGAUUAUCUGCCGUCAUGACUAUACCUGUAUACGGCCCGCCUAUAGAUUCUGUCCAAGAUUUAUCCUCCAGAAAUAUGGAAUGGGGUGCUACAUCUGAUGCGUGGAUUUUUUCAAUACUAUCAGCUGAUGAGCCUGAACUAAUUCACAUCGUUAGCAUGUUUAACGAUCUUCCAGAAAAAAAACUGGAAGAAAAAUUGGGUUCUCCAAAUUUUGCUUUCAGUGUGGAAAGACUACCCGCAGGUCAUUUUGCAGUAGGUGAAUACGUUAAAGAAGAAUAUAUAGACGGUUUGAGGUUGAUGAAAGAAGAUAUUUAUUGGGAACAAUAUGUGGCUAUGAUGCCUAAAAGUUCGCCAAUAUUAGAUUCUUAUAACAUGCAUAUUUUGAGAACGUUGGAAACUGGACUACCUGCCGUUUGGGAAUCUCAGGGUUUAUGGAAUGUAACUGCGGCUAGAUCAGCUUCUUGUAGGGACUGGUAA